UUAAAGGAAAAGGCGUCUUUAAUUACGGAUUUGUCCAUUCUUUUACUCAAUUCCACCCUGCACACACAAUUUAUAUCGCGCCUGCAGAUGGUAAUGCCUUUCAUCACUCGUCAUAACUGUCCUGGAAACGUAAAGGUGACGCCCUCUCUCUUUCAUAUAUAUGCUUUUCAAGAUGUCUUUUGAUUAUCUUGUCUGCACUUUCACAGCCAAGCCAAUCUCGCUUCCUCUCUCUCGCUUUUCCCUUGUGUAAUGACUUGAUCCCUCAUUCAGCCCUUUUCCUUUCUCUAACUCUCUCUCUCUCUGACUCUCUGCCAAUCUCCUUCAAAGCCUUUUUAAAGUUUUCAUUGUCUUUGCAAACUCAAAUUGGGGAAGUAAAGAAAACAGAGGAAGCCAUGAAAGACAGAGGCAAAGCUGUGGAAGUCACUGGGGGUAAUUGGUUCUCAGACUAUUCUUCAUCGGACCUUCCCUGCAGAAAACACCCAUCUUCUUCUUCAUCUGGAAUCUGUGCUUACUGUCUGAAAGACCGAUUGAUAAAGCUCGUCUGCUCCGACUGUGGAGAGCAACGUCUCUCCUCUUGCUCCUGCUCCGACAUAUCUUCAUACCGCAAUUCUUGCACGGUCGAGGUUGGUAGUGUCGGCCGUGUUUCUUUCCUCAUUGAGAACGAGAAGGCUGAAUUGUUACGUACAAAUUCGAAGCCUGUCUGUGAUGACAAGUCUGAAUCAGUUUUUCAACUCAAGAGGAGCAGCAGCAGCUCUAUUGAUGUCAAAAAGACUGGCCUUUGGAAGUUUAGGAAGUUUUUCAGGAAGAAAAAAGAAAAGGGUCUAGAGAUUUCAGAGAAAAACACUGGAGUAACCGAAGAUAAAGGUGAGAUGUGGAUUUUUAAUUACAUGGGUAUGUCUAGAUCCAGGUCUGUUAGUGGUUUCAGGACUAGUGUUGAUGAACCAGCCGGCAUUGGUGGUGUCCCCGUCUUUGGGAAUGGAGAUAUGGUUUCAGAGUCAAGAGAGAAGAAUGAUUCGAGUGAGGUAAAGCCCACAUCAGAUGGCCGUAGAAGCUUUAAGUUAAGCGGCCUGUCAGAGACAUUAGAAGGGGCUGGUUUUAUUGAUGUGAAGAGAGAUUGUCAUGGUGUUUCUGUAGAAACAGAGAGUGGUUUAAAGGGUGUGAAGAAGGGUGGAUGUGUAGAAUUUGGAAAUAGUUUUAGAGCUAUAAAUAGUAGAAGUUCAUGCCCAGUAGCGUCAGAAGCAGAUUUCAGUACAUUAGAUGAUUCGGGCUUUAUUGAUUUAAAGCUUGGUUCCUCGUCAGAAUUAAAACCAGAGCAGCUCUCUGGUCUGAAGAUGGGAGGUUUCUCUGUGUCAGAACAUGGGUUUAGCAGUGCAAGACCUGGUGAUUUCUCGAAACAUGGAUGCCGUUCUUUUCGUUAUUCGAGUGGAGAUGAGUUGUGGAGUAAUGGAGACUCGUGCAGGAUCACAGUUAACGAGAAGGAGAUUAAGAAGAGCAGCAAAAGCCUGAAAGUAUGGAGAUGGGUAUUCAAGCAUCAUUAAUCAAAUGGGAAAGUGCAAAUGUGUUUGUUAAGUAUGUCUCCAAAUUCUGAAGAGAUGAGAAGAAAAUUUUGAAAUUUGGAUCUUGA